AAAGGGACCCCUGACCAUUAGGUCCAGUCGUGGCCGACUCUGGGGUUGCGGCGCUCAUCUCGCUUUAUUGGCCAAGGUACAGCUUCCGGGUCAUGUGGCCAGCAGGACAGAGCCGCUUCUGGCGAACCAGAGCAGCGCACGGAAACGCCGUUUCCCUUCCCGCCGGAGUGGUACCUAUUUAUCUACUUGCACUUUGAGGUGCUUUCGAACUGCUAGGUUGGCAGGAGCAGGAACCGAGCAACGGGAGCUCACCCCGUCAUUGCGGGGAUUCAAACCGCCAACCUUCUGAUCGGCAAGUCCUAGGCUCUGUGGUUUAACCCACAGCGCCACCUGCAUCCCUAUAAAGUAUAGCAUGCCGUAAAUAUCGAGUUAUUUGUCCAAAUCAAUAUUGUGUCCUCUUUUCUUAACAUACGGCUUUUCUCCGUAAGUGGGGCCUGAACUGCCCCUGUCUAUCUCUUCCCCAGAAUAUCCGUCAAGUGAAACCUAAGUGACGAUCGCUGACUGGGGAAGGAAGGGGAACGAGGCGCCGGGGACCCGGGUGCGAAUCCUCCCUCGAUGCAGUCCGGAGAGGAGGAGGAGGAGGCGGGCGACCUCUUCAGAGAUUACAAACCCCCCUCGCUGGAUUCGAUCCGCCUGCCCCGCUACGCCUUGUAUCUUCUGAUGGCCGUCAUCAUCGUGGUCGUGGUCGCGUACGCAAUUGUGGGUCACCUCAUCAACGACCUCGCGCACGACUUUGCGGAUUGGGCGUUCGGUCCCAAACUGGAAGAGAGGAAGAGGCUGGAAGAGGCCUCGGACGGAUGUGAGAUUGCAGCUUUUCCUGACCAUCGCCUGGGUUGGCAAAAGAGCGCCCCUUUCCUAGGGGUGGAGUGUGCGGAAGGCCGCAUCCUGCACCCCUUACCUGGGAUGGAGACGGACUGCGCAUCGCCUCCAGCAACUCUGAAACAGUCUGGCUGAGUCAUUGCUUGGAUCAGCUGGAG